AACGCGGGAAGGAGGGGCGGGGCCUACUGUGGCGGUCGGGAACUGCGGGAGACGGCAACAUUGUUUUAAGUUGGACAAAUUGACAAGAGCGAGAGAUACACUGCGUUCUAUCCCGACCUGGGGGCGAGGUGCCCGGCGGUGUCUCUUCCUCCUCAGUCCCCCAGACUCAGGGCCCGAUUUCUUCAGGGUUCCCAGGCCCCCGCUCCAGGGCCGGGCUGACACGACUCUCUAGCGCUUCAUGGAGAACUUCCAAAAGGUGGAAAAGAUCGGAGAGGGCACGUACGGAGUUGUGUACAAAGCCAAAAACAAGGUGACGGGAGAAGUGGUGGCGCUUAAGAAAAUCCGCUUGGACACUGAGACAGAGGGUGUACCCAGUACUGCGAUACGAGAGAUCUCUCUGCUUAAGGAACUUAACCACCCUAAUAUUGUCAAGCUGCUGGAUGUCAUCCACACAGAAAACAAACUCUACCUGGUUUUUGAGUUUCUGCACCAGGAUCUCAAGAAAUUCAUGGAUGCCUCUGCUCUCACUGGCAUUCCUCUUCCCCUCAUCAAGAGCUAUCUGUUCCAGCUGCUCCAGGGCCUAGCUUUCUGCCAUUCUCAUCGGGUUCUGCACCGAGACCUCAAACCACAGAAUCUCCUUAUCAAUGCCGAGGGGGCAAUUAAGCUAGCAGAUUUUGGACUAGCUAGAGCCUUUGGAGUCCCUGUUCGUACUUACACCCAUGAGGUUGUGACCCUGUGGUACCGUGCACCUGAAAUCCUUCUGGGAUGCAAAUACUACUCCACAGCUGUGGAUAUUUGGAGCCUGGGCUGCAUCUUUGCAGAGAUGGUGACUCGCCGGGCCCUAUUCCCUGGAGAUUCUGAGAUUGACCAACUCUUCCGGAUCUUUCGAACUCUGGGGACCCCAGAGGAGACAGUUUGGCCAGGAGUUACUUCUAUGCCUGAUUAUAAAGCGAGUUUCCCCAAGUGGGCCCGGCAAGAUUUUACCAAAGUUGUACCUCCUCUGGAUGAAGAUGGACGAAGCUUGUUAUCGCAAAUGCUGCACUACGACCCCAACAAGCGCAUUUCAGCAAAGGCAGCUCUGGCUCACCCAUUCUUCCAGGAUGUGACCAAGCCAGUACCACACCUUCGACUCUGAUGCCCUUCCCCCUGCCCCCACCCUCAGUUCUACCCUCUCCUCCAGUGUGUGCCUGACCUGGCUUGGCUCUGGGCUAUUUGGACUCACAUGGGCCUUCUGAUCUUGUCUGACUGCCUUAACACUUACCUUACCUACUUGGCCAGCCAGCUCUGGGGAUACAGGGACUGGGGGGGAGAAGGAUGGAAAUGAAAAGGAUUUUCAGUAUUAGAGCACUUAAGGCGGCCUUUACAACCCUCUCCCCCUCCUCUUAGUCAUUGCUGAGGAGAGCCAGUUUCUAAAAAUAGACCAACCCCCCCCCACACACACACAUUGGGUUUGCCAUCCCAAGCCAUUUCUGAUGCCCCUUAAU